CUACCGCCGACAGCUUCCCCGCCGCGCGUGGCGCGCCCCUGUCGCCUCCCUGUCUGAGGGAGGUUACUCCAAGGAAGGCUCCUCCACCUCCAAAGGGUGAACCGCGCUGCUGCACAACUGUUCCAAGUACCAUCCCUGACAGUACAAAGUCGUUGCCGGAUAAACUGAAGGAUCUCAAGGAUCGUAAGAAGACAUUGCAAGACAUGGAAAAGGAUAUUGAGGAGCAUGAGGAAAUGAUAAGCAAAGCGCUGCAUGACCGCAAGGUUGCUAAUGAUUUGUUUGGCAAACGGCUUGAUGACCGUAGGAAACUUCUUGCCAAAAUAAGUAAUGUGCCAGAUGAUUAUCCAGAAACACAUAAUUUGCUUGAUGUUCUUGCCAAAAUGAAUGAUAUGAUGGAUGGUUUAGCCAAAGUACGUAAGAUGCGAGUUGAUUAUGACAAAGAUUGGGCCAUUCAGGAGGCUAAGACUCGUGUGUUUGAUGAACAAAUGAAAAUGUUACGUAAGAAGCGUGAGGACUAUCUCACUGCUUUGAGGCGAUAUAAUGAAUUGGCAAGAUCCACCUUGGAGCAGGAGGAGAACCAGGAGAAGGAUGAACCACGCUUCUGUGAAACUGUUCCAAGUGCCAUGACUGACAGUACAAAGUCGUUGCUGGGUAAACUGAAGGAUCUCAAGGAUAGUAAGAAGGCAUUGCAAGACAUGGAAAAGGAUAUCGAGGAGCAUGUCGAAAUGAUAAGGAAAGCGCUGCAUGACCGUACAGUUGCUAAUGAUUUGUUUAGCAAACGGCUUGAUGAUCGUCAGGAACUUCUUGACAAACUACGUAAUUUGCAAGAUGAUUAUGGC